AUGGCCGAGUGGUCUAAGGCGUUGGACUUAAGUUCCAAUGGACGCGAGUCCGCGUGGAGCUCGGAACAAUCAUUUCUGCUCGGAACAAUCGUUUCUGCUCGGAACAAUCGUUUCUGCUCGGAACAAUCGUUUCUGCUCGGAACAAUCGUUUCUGCUCAGAACAAUCGUUUUGUUCUCGGAACAAUCGUUUCUGCUCGGAACAAUCGUUUCUGCUCAGAACAAUCGUUUCUGCUCGGAACAAUCGUUUCUGCUCGGAACAAUCGUUUCUGCUCGGAACAAUCGUUUCUGCUCGGAACAAUCGUUUUGUUCUCGGAACAAUCGUUUCUGCUCGGAACAAUCGUUUCUGCUCGGAACAAUCGUUUCUGCUCGGAACAAUCGUUUUGUUCUCGGAACAAUCGUUUCUGCUCGGAACAAUCGUUUCUGCUCAGAACAAUCGUUUCUGCUCCGAACAAUCGUUUCUGCUCAGAACAAUCGUUUCUGCUCGGAACAAUCGUUUUGUUCUCGGAACAAUCGUUUUGUUCUCGGAACAAUCGUUUUGUUCUCGGAACAAUCGUUUUGUUCUCGGAACAAUCGUUUUGUUCUCGGAACAAUCGUUUUGUUCUCGGAACAAUCGUUUUGUUCUCGGAACAAUCGUUACAGGAUCCAAUAGCUACAGGAUCCAGCUACAGGAUCCACAAGAUCAUCGAGUUGGAGGAGGAGUUGCGAGUGGUGGGCAACAACUUGAAAUCGUUGGAGAUGAACGAAGAAAGAGCUUUGGAGAAAGAGCAGAUCUUCCAAGAGAAUAUCGUCCAAAUCGAGGAGAAACUCAAGGAGUGGAGUUCAUUGGAGUUCAUUGGAGUACAUUGGAGUCCUUUGAAGCCCAGUGGAGUCCAGUGGAGUCCAGUGGAGUCCAGUGGAGUUCAUUGGAGUCCAGUGAAGCUCGCUCAGUACAGUGGCAUUGUACACAAGAUCGUCGAGCUGGAAGAGGAGUUGCGAGUGGUCGGAAACAAUCUGAAAUCCCUGGAAGUUUCCGAGGAGAAAGCCCUUCAACGAGAGGAUUCUUACGAGGAGCAAAUCCGUGCACUCAGCUCUCGUCUCAAGGAGAUGGCUCCUUCCAAGAAACAAUCGCCAGUGCAGACCACCAAGGCAACGGAAAAGAAGAAGGACGAGAACGCACCCGAGCGUGGCCGUUCUGCCUACUUGUUUUGGCUCGCGGAGAACCGUAGUCGCUUUGUUUUUAAACCUGGAAUGAGGGCCUAUGAUGUCACCAAGGCUGCGGGCGCUGAAUGGACGAACCUUAAGGACCGUUCAAAGUGGGAAAAGCAAGCCGCAGCUGACAAGGAGCGCUACACUAAGGAAAUGGAAGCUUACGAGGAGCGCUACACUAAGGAAAUGGAAGCUUACAAGGCCUCGUCAUCCCAA